AUGCCUCCCAAGCGCCCCCGUGAGGACUCCAUUACGUCCAGCCGCGCCAGUGGCGACGCGGACGCGGACACGCACACGGGCGUCGACGCCUCCGACUCCGAGUCCGUGUCCGAGUACCAGGACGUCAAGCCCAACCUCGCCAAGGCCAGCAAGACGACGAAAAGCAGCGCCUCCAAGGCGACCAAGGUCAAAGUUGAGAAGAAGGCGUCCAAGCCCAAGCCCAAGGCCAUCAAGACGCCCAAGACGUCGACUUCCGCCUCAUCGGACGCCGGGGGCAAGAAGAUGGGUCCCUGGGCCGCGGACGAGUUGAAGGAGCUGUACACUGUCAUGUGUCCCAAGCGUACGGGCGUCAAGUGGGACGACGUCGCGGCGGCGAUUCCGGGCCGUGAUGCCAAGUCGUGCAACAACAAGUGGUCUCGCAUGCAGAACAAGAUCAUGGAGGCUGUGAUGGGUAUGGGCGACUAG